AGAAUUCCUGGUGAGAUGGGUGGUAGCAAGUUGUGUGAAGCAAGGGAGGUUACCUAUAAGCUAGGUGACUGGAGACCGCUAUCGAAUGAAGGAGGGGAGAAGCAAGAAACCAUUGACAUCAGAGAGGAAGUAGGCAACAAAGGAGCAAUCAGGCAAGCGCUGGCAAGUAGGCAGGCGUUGGCGAGGUAG